AUGCCCAUAGUCAAAUCUCAGAAGCCUCACAUCGAAGCCGCCCUCCCAAAGCAACAAGUCCAAACACCGGCUCCUCCCAUCCCAACCCAAGGAGCACCGACUCUCUCCAACGCACGCGCCUCACGGACCCGAAAACUGCGCUCCAACACCCUGCAAAGCCACCUCGCGGUGCCAUCUCGCACCUCUUGUCGCACGCUCGUCUGCCUCCGAGACGCCGUUCGUGGGUUUCGCAGACGCGGCCUGAUCCCCCCGGGCCGCGCGGAGUUGGUCGCAGAAAGCGCGGUCGAAUUCUGCUCUCGAGCUGGUUACUACAGUGCCAAGGGAGGCUCAAGGGGGGAGGGGGUGCGCCUAACCAUUGUGGGAGAGGAGACUCGUGUAGGGUCUACGAGAGUCGUUGUUGGCGUCGCGGUGGGGGAUCUGGAGGGAGACCAUUGCUCUGACGGCGGCAGCUAG